UUUAUGGUAAUGAGCUAUGACGCGGUUCAGCGGCAAGCAGGGGCUAACGCCAGCCGCCAAUCGGAAUAUAGACGUCCUUCACGCUGACUGAUUCCAGAGAAACAUACGAUGUAAUCUUUCGUUCCUACCAAAACAUUUGUUCCGAGGAAAAUGGAGGAGAAGCUCAUCAUCGCUGUUGCUGGGUUUCCUAUCAUUUAUGAUAUGACGUUGUUUGCGUAUAGGGACAAGUUAGAAAAAAACGAGGCUUGGGAUAAAGUAGCCGAGAUAGUCGGUGUGUCCGCUGAUGAUUGCAAAAAGAAAUGGAAGAGCUUGAGGGACAUGUUCAAGAAGGAAAGAAAGAAGGAAAAAGAUAGGCAAAGGAGUGGCGCGGGUGCGAGCAGUGUCCGGCCAUGGCUGUACAGUGCGGUCAUGGGCUUUCUCAACCCUUUUAUGGAGGACCGACCAACGUCCACUAAUAUGGGUGGAGGGGAAGUCUUAGAUGAUAGUGGACACUGGCCAGAGGACAGUGAUACUGCCACGACCGGGCACAGUCAGGCACAAGAGCAGACACCACAGCUUCAGGCACAAGAGCAGGUACCACAGCUUCAGGCAUCAGACAACACACCAGUGCAGAGAGCAAGCCAGCCCACCCAGAGAAGGGAGAGGCCCCACACCUCUGACUUUGAGGAGAGACUACUCACAGCAUUGGAGGCUGUGAGCAACAGACCGGUACCUGUCCCCAGCCCGUCUCCUCCUCCUCAGCAUCCUCCUAAAGAUAGUGAUAGUUAUUUUUUUAAAACCCUGCAGGAAGACUUCAAAACACUGUCUUUGAGAACAAGGCAGGAUCUCAAGUUUGAGAUGCAUCGCCUGGUGUAUGAGGCAAAGUGUCGUGAGGUUGACCCUUGGGCUGAGGGGGACGGGGUGCAGCUGACAACACUGUGAGGGGUGUUAGUAAGCUUGUUACCCUCGCAGUGCUGUCAGCUACCCCCUGUUCUCUCUCCCUCAUAUGCACGUGUACAUACACAGUAUCAUU